ACGGAAGCGCAGUUGAAGGAAAUCCUUCCUCGCAAAAAAAUGGCGCCGCUCAAGUGGGCUUGGGCUGCGGUGUUUAUUUGGUUAUUUUUCAGUCUAAUCCUUACUUGUAAAUGUGACGAUGUGGAAAACUCAAACGAGUCAGACAGAGGAGAUGAAGUCGACCAGCACGUUGAAGAAAGCAGCAAUGAGGAGGUUCAGGCUGAACACGAGACAGACGCUGCGUUUAAAGACAACGCUGACUCUGGGAUGAAUGAUAUCAAAUCUUUCACAACUAAAGAUCACUUUCAGGAGGAACUGGUGAUUCGUCCCCUUCAUUCAGGAGACAUCUAUGCGAGUUUCCAGUUUCGCACACAAUUAGAAACGGAUUUUUUACAAGGAAAGAAAGUGUCCCACUACCGGCUCUUCCCAAAGUCCCUGGGCCAAGUGCUGUCAAAAUUCUCAGUGCGAGAGCUUCACAUCUCCUUCACCCAGGGCUACUGGAGAACCAUGCAGUGGGGGCAGCCGUUCAUUCCUGCUCCUCCUGGAGCCGAGCUCUGGGUUUGGUUCCACAACACAGUGCUGGAUGUUGAUGAGAACUGGAAGGAGCUCACCAAUGUUCUGUCAGGCAUCUUCUGUGCUUCUUUAAAUUUCAUUGACUCAACCAACACUGUGGAGCCUAGUGCCUCUUUCAAACCCCUGGGACUGGGGAAUGUAACUGAUCAUCGUUUCCUACGUUAUGCCACAUUGCCAAGGGAAAUUGUGUGUACAGAGAAUCUGACCCCUUGGAAGAAGCUUCUUCCUUGUGGCUCCAAGGCUGGUCUAGCAGUGCUGAUGAAGUCGGAGAAGCUUUUCCACAGCAGUUUUCACUCAGAGGCUGUGCAUAUCAGGCCCAUCUGUAAGGAUCGACAGUGUUCAGACACAGCAUGGGAACUAAGACAGACCCUGAGUGUAGUGUUUGAUCUCUACACCUCUGGCCAAGGCAAAAAGGAUUGGUCCCUUUUCAAGAUGUUCUCUCGCACUCUGACUGAGGCUUGCCCUCUAGCAUCUUCUAGCAAAAUCUACGUAGAUGUCACAGACAACCCUGAGGGUGAGCUGUUUGACCUGAGCCCAGCCACACCUACCUUUGACACCUCUGUUGUUCUGGGGGAUCGCAGGACUUAUGCUGUGUAUGAUCUAACCAAAGCAGAGACUUUUGGCCAGCUACGUUCUCUCAAUCUCUUAAUGCGCUGGAAAGGAGAAGGCGGAGACAUGCUGCGUCCAAUGCUCCAUGCAGAGCGCUAUGUGGCAGGAUUUGGACUCCAGAAUGGCGAGAUACACACUCUAAUCUAUAACAAUCAUCCAUACCGAGCUUUCCCAGUUCUCCUGCUGGAGUCAGUGCCGUGGUAUCUGCGAUUAUAUAUUCACACACUCACCAUCACCAGCAAGUCACGGGAAAACAAGCCAAGCUACAUUCACUACCAACCUUCAAAAGAUCGCUUGCGUCCUCAUCUUCUCGAGAUGCUCGUGCAGUUACCCCCUCAUUCUGUCACUGAGGUGACGGUGCAGUUUGAAAGAGCCCUGCUAAAGUGGACAGAAUACACUCCGGAUCCAAACCAUGGUUUCUAUGUUGGAUCGUCUGUGAUAAGUGCUCUUGUGCCAAGCGUUGUCGCCAUGGACAUCAACAGCACUCAGGAACGUCCGCUUUUCAGCAGCUUUUUCCAUACAAAAGAGGAGUCAAGCUACUUUGUGCGUGUCUACACAGAGCCUUUGCUGGUUAAUUUGCCAACGCCUGAUUUCAGCAUGCCCUAUAAUGUCAUCUGUCUUACUUGCACGGUUGUGGCUGUGGCCUACGGCUCUUUCUACAACCUACUGACCCGCACCUUCCAGGUGGAAGAAUCAAGCCUGCCGCUAGCUAAACGCCUAGCCAACGUCAUCCGCCGUAUUCGGGGAGUACCACCGCUGUGAAGGACAUCAAAUUCACUAUGGAACUGAUUAGGCAGCUUUUACUCUAUGGACAUCUUUACAUUGGGGAAGCUCAAGUUCUUGAACGGAGAGGAAAAGUCGGCAAGAACAUUACUGCAACUUAAAGCUUUACUAAGAACCAAAUGGUGUAGGUCUGUGGUUUGUAAGUCUGUUAACACUGGAGAAAACAAACUAUUUCAGUUUGUUUUAAAGCAAGAGGGAUUAAUAUACAUCUGGGUAUUUAAAAGUGUAUGACUGUGUAUUCGUAUUCCAUUCAUCUGGAAGACAAACUUGAAGCACAGUGAAAUGAGAACCCUUAGAAUUAAUGUACUUUGGGAAUGAUCAAGCCAUUAAUCAUUCUGUUUUGCAAUUCCAGUGCGGAUUGAAUCAAAUCAAGAAAAAAAAAUCUCAUUCAUUGUGUUAUAUGACUGUUAUUGCUAUGAAAUUGCUUGCCUUUAGAAGUUCAAGGCUUGUGUUUCCUCAAAAAACAAAAGGGCCUUUUAUUGGAAUGCUGUUCUGACUAUUCUUAGAUAUGCAAACGAAUGCAUGUAGGUAGGGAUCUAAAAUGUAUUAAAUUGACCCUUCUGUUAUUUAUAAAGCA